GCUAUGACGACCUCACCCAGGGGCCGGCGGCUGGAGACUACAGCAAAGGCCCGUAUGUUGCCGCCUCGCAAGCACAAAACAAGUCAGCUGCCGGCGGAGCAGGGAAAGGUGUUUCUGUGAACUCAAGUAACACAGGGGUGCCUGACAUUAGUGGCUCUGUCUACAACAAGGCUCAGACUUUUGACAAGCAGGGAUUCCAUGCCGGGACCCCUCCCCCGUUCAACCUUCCCUCGGCCCUCAGCUCCACGGGGCCCCUGAACCCCGGGGCCGCUCCUGGCUACGCCCCGGCACCCUUCCUUCAUAUCUUGCCUGCGCACCAACAGCCACAUUCCCAGGUGCUGCACCAUCAUCUUCAGCAGGACGGGCAGGGGGGCUCUGCCCAACGCAACCAGCCAAGUGCCCUGCAGCAGAAACCUCAGGGGACAAAAACCACCUAUGGAACGUCUCCAUACUGGACGAACUAAGCUCUGGCGCAGAGGAAAAGGCCGGGAGACGGUCCGGAGCAGCCCAGGUCGUUCUCAGGCUCCCACCGGAGACGGUCGACUACAGAGGGAAGAG